CUGAAACACUGGGCAAACGCACCUGUUUUCAACAUGAACUGUGGCUCUCAUGAUGAUGGAUAAGAGUUGAUUCAUAGCUUAAAGACAAAUUAAACAUGUUCUGGGGAUGGCUCGUGAGUAUUUUACAUUUACAUCGACUUUUUCUCAUCCUUGCAACCACGUGAACCAACAUUUGCGCGCGUUGGCACUGCGUAAAAGUAAAAUAAAUGGAUGAUUUCUAACACUUAGCCUGCGCAACAUUUUUGAUAACAUGUGAACAUAUUAUAAGAAGACAGUCGUUGGCGAGGCAUGAGGACAAUGAAGCUCCUAUGGUCCAUCUUCACUUCGCUUCUGUUAUUACUUCAAAAAUGCACAGGUGACAAGUCCUGUGAGAUCUGGUCCAGUGCUGGCAAUGUGGUGCAAAUAACCUCAACAUUUCGUGUUUAUUGCACCUUUAACUUCAACUGCAAACCUGCUAUGUACAGCGCCAGCGGGCACCCUAUCCCAAGAGCUCAGAGUCCCCAAACAUAUAACUCCACCACCAUUUACCUGGAUGUAGUCAAUAUGACAGAGGACCGCACCUUCAGCUGUGACUGUAAAGACACCAUCAGCAACACUGAGAACAAGCCAGACUCCUGUGGGCUGGACAUUUCUGCUGGAUAUCCACCUGAUCGGCCCACCAAUUUUUCAUGUGUUUACCAAAUUUCCGAAACAUCCCUUUCCUCUGCUGUCAUUUGCUCUUGGGCCAGUGGACGGAAUACAUAUAUAAGAAAUGACUCAAAAUUACGGGUAAGGACUUUUACCCAUAAUGCAUCAGGAGGAUUGAGGUCUUUCAGUGUCUCUGCAAAGGGAAGUCCUUUUGUGAGGGCAGAAUUCGCUGUGGAUGGUUCAGUCCAGGUCAUCUCAGUUCAGGCCAGUGUUAAAAACAAGCUGGGGUAUGCAGAAACCCCUGAAGUAAACUACACCCUGAGGGACAGACUGAUGCCCCCUGCUCCACUGCUGCAUCAAGUUGACUGUUCUUCCAGAAGCUGUUCCAUCAGAGUUAAUCAGUCUGUCCCUACCUAUCACUUGGACAUUAAUUACAAAGAAGAAAAUGAGGAGCAGUGGAGACCUCAUCCAAAAUCGGUUAUGGGCAAUGGUUCAGUCAUUAUCGAGUCACUGCAGCCCUACAGACAGUACCAGUUCAGAUGCAGGUCCAGGUUCUCUACGGGACUGUGGAGUGACUGGAGCAGAACUGUUUCCAGAUGGACUCAAGAAGAAGCUCCUGCCCACGCACUGGAUGUGUGGUACGCUGUAGAUGACAACGUGAUAAGAGUCUGCUGGAAGAAACUAGACAUCUCUGUUGCUCAAGGACAGAUCUUGGACUACAUUAUCACAAUCUACGACCAAAUUCAAAACAAAACAGUAUUGCCAGCCAGCUCAAACGAACAAUGUCUUCCAGUGCCAUUUUGUUCAAAUUGUCAUAUAACAGUGAGCGCCCGCAACUCCAGGGGUUACUCUCCUCCUGCUAAUAUCACCAUCCACACUGCCAAAGCCAAGCCACGUCUUGUGCCAGUUCUAAACAAGAAAAAUGUUACCAUCUCCUGGAGACAACAUGUAACUGCACGUCUUCCCCGCGAAUAUGUGGUAGAAUGGUACCCCAAAGGUCAGAAACGGCAUGGAUUCCAAUGGCUCAGGAUGGGUCAAAACAGCAGCCAUGUUGUCAUCACAGAUAUGAAGCAAUUUGUGUGCUAUGAAGGAGCUGUGCAUGUUUUCUAUAGUGACAACUCAGUGGAUCGCCUUGGGUUUACUGAUAUCAACACAGAAGUUUCAGUCCCCACAGCCGGGCCCUGCGUUCAUGAAAGGACGGAGGGAACUACAGUCAAUGUGACCUGGCGCGAGCUUUCUAUGACAGAACGUACAGGCUGCAUCACCAAUUACACCAUUUACUUAGAGCAAAACAGCAGACUUGUGGCAACCUAUAAUGUACCAGCAUCACAGACGUUUUGGGUUAUAAGAGAUCUGACUCCAGCGGACUACAGCAUUUGGAUGACUGCUUCCACUGCAAUAGGAGAAGGACCACUAUGUCAAAAAGUGAACUUCUUCAUCCAACACGAUUCACUCGUGGCUCUUUUUGUCACAUUUGCUGUCCUGGUUAUGUUUUUAGUUGUUGUCUGCCAAAUUUUAGCUGUAAAGGAAAGGAUUUGGGUGUAUUUCCAGUAUUGCCUGCCUGAGAUUCCUGACCCUGCAAACAGUAAAUGGGCAAAAGACUGCGAAAAGGCCAAAGUGAAUCUCCAUCUUCAGUUCAGCACCUCCACAGUGAGCGAGACGGAGGAGGACCUUGUUUUUGUGGACAUCGAGGAGCGGCCCCCUCCACCGCUGUUGGCCCAGACUAGUUUGAGUUCAGAUUCAGAGACCUCUACACAGCCGUACCGCCACAUCUCCUAUAUCAAGUGCUUCUCACAUGAUUCGGACAGUUCAGGACAUACUCAGACCUCCUUCCUGGACUACAUAUCCCCUCACAUGAAUGCAGUCAAGUCCGAGGAAGAGGAAAAUGAGGAUUUACCCACCUUCUUCCCAAGUCACAGUUUCUCCUCAGACCAACUUGAUUUUGGACCGAAGUUGACUCUCGAUGCUGUGAGGAUUGACGGAAGUGAUUUUUUUCUCUAGUAAUGUCAUUUUAAAUGACCAGAGACUGUUAAGGUUCCUAUAGCAAUUCUUGCCUUAUACAACAAUCAAUGAAUCAUAGUGAAGUAAGUGAACAAUUGUUAGCUCUUGCUUAUAUUGGGGUGUUUUGGGGAUAUUUAUUAUAAAGAGCAAAUAUUUUAGCAGGAAGCUGUGAAUUGCUCGACAACUCGGUCAGAACAUCUUUCAAACUACAACACCAAGGAAGAAACUGAACUGUUGACAAGUGAAGCACAUGGACAACAGAGCAAAGAUCUUGUUAGUGUGGUGGCCAACGCUCAAAUUCCUUGCUAUUGCUGGUUCUGUUGGAGAGAUGUAACAGAAGGAUUUAUGGGACUACAUAAUUAGCAGGUGAUCAUCUGUGAUUUUAUUUAAGAUUAAGGUAUUUUGUGGCUGUAACUUUGUUAUUAAUUAACUACCUCAGAGUUUCCAUGAAUAUGGACAGCUUAUGCCAUUUUGUGUUAUGAGUUUCUACAGAGAACUCAGUGAAUGAAUAUUGCUUGUAACACACUUUACAUUUCCAAUAUGACAGUACCAGUGCCAUUUUGACCCAUUCUAUUUUUAAUAAAUCCUAUAAUAGUUAAGAAUAUUGUACAACAAAUGUUUUUGUUUCUUUGAGCAGAGUUGGAUUGCAGAUUUGGUAAAUUUAGCAUCUUGUCAUAAAAAAUUAAAUCAAUUCUCUUUAAGAUUAAGAAUUAAGAUUUUUGAAAUUGCUCAAGUAAUUAAUUGCUAAAAUACUGGUUGUAACAGCAGCAUAAUUACUCUUAAUGUUUUCUUCAUGCAAUUAUUAUGCCAAUUAUAUUUUUCACUGAUUUUGUCAGAUUGUCAAUAUAAAUGAGUCAUCAUUAUUUUCAAGUCAUCAACCUUGAGAGUACAAUUUGAAUGUUAUUAAACAAACCCAAUGAUAAUGAUACAC